GCCAGACAUCACCUAGUCGAGCAGUUAGCCGGGGUCGGUAGAGUCGCCAUGCCGUCUCUGCGGGAACGCUUCACCAACUACUUGAAUGGGGAUAAUAUAGUAUCCAGACUGCUGGGGAAAGCGGAGGAGAAGACCGGCGUCAAGAAGUAUUACCUGGCCAGCGGCUCCAUCUGCUCUCUGGGCUUGUACCUGGUGUUUGGCUAUGGGGCUUCUUUGGUCUGCAAUUUAAUUGGCUUUGUGUACCCUGCGUACAGAUCGAUUAAAGCUAUUGAAAGUGCCGAUAAAUCCGAUGACACAAUAUGGCUGACUUACUGGGUUGUCUAUGGAGUGUUCAGUGUAGUGGAGUUCUUCUCGGAUAUAUUUCUCUUCUGGUUUCCGUUUUACUAUCUGGGAAAGUGUGCUUUCCUGCUCUGGUGUAUGGCUCCCUUCUCAUGGAAUGGAUCCCAGAGCAUAUACAGCCGCUUCAUUCGACCGUUUUUCUUAAAGCAUCAGCAAACGGUGGAUAGUGUAGUAAGUGAUCUUGGUGGUCACGCUCUGAGCACUGCAGAAAAUGUCACGAGACAAGCACUCAAAGGAGCAGUAAGCAAUGCCCUGGAAGCUGAAAAGAGCAAAUGAUGAAUUUACCUUGGACGCCUCAUUUAGAAGAGAAGUAGCCCCAUAAAAAGACUACAACCCCG